UUUGGGUGGAGGUAUAGAUGGUCAUUUGAAGAAGCAGUUAUCCAGCUCCAAGCGGAUGCGGCAGCUCCUCAAACCCCUGCGGGAGGCUCACUGUCGGAGCUUGGCAUGUCAUCUGCUGAGUACCAUGGACAGCUCUAAGCGAGCAACAUGAUUGGUUGAGAGACAUAGGGGCUGCAGAGAACGAGAGAAAGCGAGAGAGAGAGAGAGAGAGAGAGAGAGAGAAGAUCACCAGGGGAUGGAGUGAGUAAGCAGUGAGGGUUGGAGAGAGCUGGAGGGAAGGAGAUCAGAGAGCAAAAAAGAAGGUAGAGAGAGAAAAAAAGGAUAGAGGAACAGAUGCUACAGCUCGUCUCUUUGCCUACUGACGCCUGAGCUGGGUUCAUCGCUGCGUGUGUGUGACGCGCACGGGGGUGUGUGAGUGUGUGUGUGACGGCAGCCGCGGCGGCAGCAGCAGCAGCAGCAGGGGAGGACGGAUCAAAGAGAUUGUAGGACACGAUGCAUUUAGCAGCCUAACGUCUCUACGCACACACUACAGCCGGCGAAAGGAGAACACGUUCAUACUACACGCAUCCGCACGCAGCCCACCCCACACACACACACACACCACGCGUGUGUGGGGACAGCGCAGAUGAAGCAACCACCAAAAGGAGGUGUGGAUCUUUCCAGAAGCGUUUGGUAGGGGAGGGGACAGCCUUGGUGGCCGAAGCCCAGCAGGAACGGUCGUAGGUGGGGAAGGGUCGGACUGCCGACCGCCGCCAGUUUUCUUCAGAGCUCUGGAAACGCCAAAGAUGGACAUGUCCUUCAUCUCUCUCUUCUUCACGGCAGUGUCUGCAUCCUCCGAGCUGCGUCGCUGUCGCCGGGCUUGUCUGUCAGCCGUGUGCGUGUCCGCAGGAGGAUUCGAUAACGUGCGGUGUUGAGAAACGCACACACAGAACACACCUGGAGAUCAGCUGUUCCAAUUCACUGAUACCGCAGUCUCUCUGCUGUGCUGAAGGAUGGAUUCAGGCGAAGACGAGUGCACCCGUUUCCUACAGUACGUGGAGGACAGUGGUCUGAGGGCGUAUGACGAGCUAGUAAUCCAGAACGCCUCGGACAUCGCCCGUGAGAGCGACCGCGUCCGCAACCACGCGCACUGGGCAUACCUACAGGAGAAAAACCAGAAGAAGAGACGGCAGGAGGAAGCUAUCAAGAGGAUUGGUGAGGAUGUGGCGCGUGCGACAGAAGGAGGGGGAUACGCAGGCAAACACUUUCGUAUGGGCUUCAUGACGAUGCCGGCCCCUCAGGACCGAGUUCCUCCUCCCUGCGGCCUGGGCUUCACCGUACGCUCGCAGUCUCUGCACUCGGUGGGAGGGGGAGAGGAGGAGGGGAGUCCCACCUCACGAAAACAGCCCCCGCCCAAACCCAGACGAGAUCCUAACACCAAACUCAGCACUUCCUCUGAGACCGUCAACACUGGGCUCAGCACGGGGAAGAGCGGGAAGGAAACAGAGAAAUGUGACGCAUCUAAAUCCCGCCCCUGCAGUGAGGAGUACCGUCGCAUGCCUCCGCCCAAACCCAAACGCAACCCCAACACGCAGCUCAGCACAUCCUUUGACGAGUCUUACAUUCAAAACCACAGCAGCAAGGUUAAGUCUGCCUCUCUGCCGCGACAACACAAAAAGAAGUCGGCGUCUCAGAAUCAAAGCCCCGCCCCUGCCACUGACGAUGAGGCGGAGCCUGUUUAUAUAGAGAUGGUGGGGAAUAUCCUACGAGACUUCAGUCGAAUUGCUGGAGCAAAUGGCGACGAAGAGGAUGACCAAGGUGAAAGUGUGUAUGAGGAGAUGAAAUAUCCUGCCUACGACGAUUUACCUUCAUCCUUAGACCACGGCCAGUCACGAUGGGAGCAGUGUCCCACUCCUUUGGUGCCGGAAGUAGAACUUACACGACCCACCACUCCACGUGGUUCACUCUGUGACAUUCCCGCCCCGUUCCCGAAUUUGCUUUCCCACCGCCCUCCUCUGCUAGUAUUCCCUCCUGCACCAGCCCAGUGUUCCCCCAACUCUGAUGAAUCUCCUCUUACUCCACUGGAUGUCACCAAACUGCCUAUGUUGGAGAACGUCGCAUUCGUUAAACCUGGUGCAUCCCCAACUAGCGCUGACCCCGGACCACAGCUGGAGGCACAGCAGGUGUCUGGUAAACACCACCACCACCACCACCAUCAUCAUCAUCACCAUCAUCAUAAGAAGUCAGCAGACACUAAGGAGCAACAAACAAUCACAGCAUCAGGACGGUCCUCCGCUCCACCCCUGCCAUCUGCUCUGUACAAAAGCGGUGGGUCGUCCGCGGCGCACGGGUACCCACGGAGCCACUCCGCCUGCCCGUCCCCCGUCAGUAUGGGUCGUGCGUUAACACCACUCACCCUGAAGCGCCCCCCGCCGUACGAUGCUCUCAUGACCGGGACGAUUCCUCGCAGCGCUUCUGGAGUUCCACAUGGAUCACGUGAAAGUGGGAGGCUCUCGAAUUCCUCUAGUGUGCACGGGGGCUCCAUGCAAAAUGUCUCCACUGCUUCGGGUUCAAGCUCAGGGUCGGGAGGUCGAGGCUGUCGCACACCAACCAGUCCUCUGGAUGAGCUCAGCAACUUGUUCUCUUCUGGACGCAACAUGCUGAAGAAAGGUUCUGGAAGCCGCAAGAACAAAGAGUCAGCAGAUGGAGAAAGUAAAGGCAGAAGUGACAGUAGGGACAGAGCCCUUCGUAGCUCUUCUCCGAAAUCACAGGAUUGGGAAACACCCACAGGACAAUCAGCCACACCCACAGCCACGCCCAGUCGGUUUGGCCGCUCUUCCAUCAGCCCGACCACCAUGCUUGGGGAAACAAAAUCCGGGUGUAAACUUGGUCGCUCCGCAUCCACGUCAGGAGUCCCGUCCCCUGUGGGAACGCCCCAAAGACACGCCCCCGAUGCCUCCGCCCAACAGUGCGGAACCCCGUUCCAGAUGCCCCCAAUGCCCUGGGCAUGUGGGGACAGCACCAUGAUGGAGAUGAUUGAGAAGAAACGUCACCUGUGCAAGGAGAUAAAAGCCAGGCAGAGACCUCCAGACAAAGCCCUGUGCAAGCAGGACAGCAUGCCCAUCCUGCCCAGCUGGAAGAAGACCAACGGGGGCAAAAAAUACGGGCCUCCUCCGUACUCCACCCAAACCACUGUCUUCUGGGACACUGCUAUAUAAAGUGUGACCAGCGAACGACAGCCAUGGAGAUGCACAAACUGAGGGGGCGUGUUCAAAUAUUGAUUGACAGCUAGCAGGAAGCAGGACUACGCAACAUACACAGUGAAGGAUCCUCAAAUCUCCCUGGUUUCCCAUCGCUGUUUAUAUUUGAUAUUUUUAUAUUGGAGAUAACUGUCUUAAUAUUAAAUAUGAUUAAUAUAAUUAGCGGUUUUAUAAAGAGGAACUCUCUAAAUGAGAUCUAAGAGUGAAAAUAGUACACUUUUAACCCAUGAGAUGAUAUUUGUCCUCUUCUAAAUGGUAUUUCUAAUUUAUUUUCUAUCCUUUUUUUGGGGGGUGUUUCUAUAUUUGGCACUCAUCCGUGUGUCUGGGGAAAUAAUCUAUAAUGUAUGGUGAAAUAUGUGCAGUAAUUCCAUUAAGAAAACACCGUUGUUUUUGAUGCCUAUGCAUUUGGUUAUACGGCAUGGACGGCGCUUUUGUUCAUUGUCUGUUUUUCAUAUGGAGAGUUUAUUUGAAAAUAAUAUAUUUUUGGUGUCUGUACUUUAAAUGUCGGAUUGUGAGUUGUCAGGCCGUUGUUCCUAUGACUUCUGGGUUGGACUUGAAGGCGAUCGGCUGAGUUGUGAGAUAUUAGGUUGGUUAGAUUAGUCGGACUGGAUUAUGAGAUAACUGGGUUAUUAAAGUAUGGAUCGGGCUGUUUUAUAAGGCGGCUGGUCAGAUAUUGAGUGUGCGGUCAGGGCACUUUCUGUUUUGUGAGGUCAGCUGGUGCAUUUCUAUUGUGAGUGCUGUAAACUCACAAACACACACUAAUAUCAGCUGCUUUAUGGCCUAACAAUUGGUGCUGUUCAACUCCUUUCUUGAAUGUUCAACCUUAACAGCUACAUGACAGUCAUACACAUAUUAAAAAUUGUAAAGAAAUUAGCGUGGGCGGUUUGCACGUGAUCAGGGAUCGAAUGAUGAAAAUUCAAACAUCCGGUCCUCUAGCAUGUCAGAUAAUAAAUCUCGAAUACAGACGCCGUCCUUUUAUGAAGCACUAUGCAGACAUACUGUCAGUUUACACACUCAUAUAUCAUCGUGACACGAGUCAAGGGCAGGCAAGAGGCAAUAUCGUACUGAAAAGGCUCAGAAAGAAAAGACCAGGCCAUCGUUUACUCUGAUCAGAUGCUGUGCAUCCAGGCUACACCCAUAGCUUUACCACACAGUCAAAGAGCCAUGCCAGUCCUUUUAAGCACACUUGACUUUGUUAACUAGUCAUCAUAAGCACUUGAACACUAGGAUGCCAAGCACAGUCUUGAAAUGACAGGAGAGUAAAUGCCUUUCUGUGCAUGUUUAAGAAUGAUUCUGGAAUCAGAUCAGAUGAUUUGGGCCAAGAAACAUAUUAAAUGCAAGUAUACAAACGCAAUGUAAGCGCAUGGUUCCUUAAGUGUGGCGGUAACAAAUCUUAAUACUCAAGAUAGCUAUACUGCCCUACAAAGCAAAAAGGCAGUAACUGCAUUUUUGGUCAAAAAUUAGUUAUUGUCAUUUUCAUGACAUUCAAGGCAUCCUUUGUUAUGUGACAAAUUAAAUAUGAGGAUUGAUAUGUACAAAGAAUAAGCUAAUAUAAAGUAACAUAACAGCAACAUGUCCAAUAAUCUACCUACAACUACUUAGCUGGAUGACAGGAUAACUUUUAAGUCAUUUUUCUCAGUUCUGCACUCUGCGUAGUUACUGCCUUUUUGCUUUGUAGGGCAGUACAGAGUGCUGUAGAAAUGAGUCCUAAAACCCGAAGUGGGAUUUUUGAAUGGGUUUGUGGUUAACACAGGCUCAAAAUACUUUAAGUGUCUUGAAAUACUAACAAGUUGCAACAUUAAACAUCUUGCCAAGUUGGAAAACUCAUCUUCUCACCAGUCAACUUUUACAGCCUUGUUGUAUUUAUACUUGUGCUCUAGCAAACUAUUCUAAUUGAAACUUUCCAACAUGUAGAUUUUAAAUAAAGAUUAAUGGUGGUGACAUUAGCCUAACUUUAGCUUUUGGCACUUGCAUUUAGGCUUUAAAAUUCAUAAAAGCUGUGUUUAUUUGUGAAGAUUAUCUUGAAGAACAAAACAUGUAAGAAUCAAACUUUUGGUCACAGACCUUAUUUUCUGCAAUUAUCCAUAUAAUUGGCUUUUUGUCAAGGGAACCAGUGUGAUGCUAACUUCCGGGUUUGCCUAAAAAAUGUCAUCUCUACAGCACGCUAGUGUUAUUUUCAAAUGUUUGCCAUUAAAUGAGAUGAGUUAUUAUUCAAGUAGCUUGCUAAACAUGUUAGCAAACUAUUUCACUAACUUGCUCAACAACAUUCUCUUCAAAUUGUUGCUUGGCUAUAAUGGUAGUUGACCUUAAGGAGAAAACUGACCACCGAGGAAGACUCGCUAACAGUUUAUGCUAACAGUGCCCCUUGUGGCAAAGCUUAGAAUGUGAUGUCUUUCUGCAUUAUUAAUAGAGUACCUCAGAGAUGACGUGUUUUUGUAGGCCAACCUGGAAGUUAGCGGUGCACAGGUUCCCUUGAUGCAUUUUUCCCAUAGACUUUUGGAAAAUAGCAAAAAAUAAGCUCUGUCUUUGACAAAGGGUUAUGACACUUACUCGUUUUGUCUAUCAAGAUAAUCUUUACUUGUCUGGCUAUCACC